CAAUGAAACAAAGGAACGAAUUUAUUGGAUACAGGUAUAUUUAAGAGGCCGGUGUUUACCGACGUGAUUGUCUUCCCCCUCCCCUCCCCUCCCCUCCCCCCCGCCAGGUAAUGGCAAUGUUUUGGUCAGAGUACGAUUCGAGAGCUCGUCCCCCCAUGGACACUCUUCCCGUGGAGCUUCUCGCGUACAUAUUCUCCUUGGCGACCCAUGGCAUUACACUGGCGACGGAAGGGAAAGAAAGCCCCUUAUUCGACUCGGAGAGCGUCAAGACGCCUACGCGUCUGUCUGCUGUUAGCAAACAUUGGCGUAUGGUCGCUCGUACUACCCCAGCGCUGUGGACGAGUUUGUGCGCUACUAUUGCUUCCAUCCAUGAAAAGCAUCACAACGGACAGAGGCUAUCCAUCUUUAGCCCCUCCCAUUUUUCCUCCCACCUCUCGUUAUCUCGUAACCAACCUCUGGACAUUCUUAUUGACGCUAGAGACCCCGACUGGGAUUUCUCAGAGCCGAGUGUCGAACCCGAGUGUCAUUAUACUCCACCCUUCUCUUAUCAACACAUGAUGACUGUCAUGGCCAUGCUACACCCGCACAUCCACCGUUGGCGGUCCUUUUCCAUACUCACGGAUACUUGGUUUCCCAUGCAUGUCGCCCUUCUCUACUUAAACAAUGCCCCCGCGCCUCUGCUCGAGAGCCUCACCAUAAUGCGAUGUAACGACUAUAUUAGCCAUGCUUCCGAAUUCCAGCCGACCGCUCUUAACACGCCCUUCGCCCUCGAUCCCCGCACCAACUGCCUUCGCACUCUCACCCUCCGAGGCGUCUACGCAGAGUGGCCGUCCCUUAAUGUGCUUCACGAUCUGGAGGUUCUCGAGAUCACUUCGCUUUCAUCUAAUGUACGUCCUUCGAAGGCGGACAUGUAUGGGAUCCUCUCCGCGUGUGCUCCUCGGCUGAGGAAGCUACGUUUAAUGAAUGAUGCGGGGCCUGAGAGCCGCGAUGACGACGACGACGACGACGACGACGACGCAGUUCGUCCAGUCACGCUUCCAAAGCUGGAAGACGUUUCUAUCGGCUACCGUGCCGACACGGCAUGCCAUGGACUGGCAAAGCUGUUGAUAGCACCCAAUGUGCGGCAGGUGCUGCUGGAGAGCGAUAGGUAUCCAGGAGACGCGCUUGUCGCUGACCCGGGCGAUGUCCUCGCUGGUCUUACCUUCCCUCUGAUGGAGAGGGCAACGCUGAAGGGCAUUUCCGCUUCUCGAGAAUCCAUGCACCGGUUCCUCAUGAAUGUCCAACAUUUGGAGAUAGAGUGGACGGCGGUAGAAUGCCUUCUCCCUUUGCCAGAUGGUUCGCGUUCUUGUCCGAAGCUCGAGACGCUAUGUUUGCGCAGUUCGGAUAUAGAGGGAAUUGAUAGGACGGGGAUGGAUGUGAUAUUGGGAGUCCUUCGACGGCGGGGGACGAGUGCGCUGAAGGAGGUCGAUGUGCAUGUUGGGAGCGCUAAUGCGAACACUUGCGUCGACUAUCCUGCGCAGAUGGAGGUGGGUAUGCCGCAGGUGAGGAUAUUUAGGGAUGACGAGGACGACGACUUCUCAGAUACAGAGUCCGAGGGCACCGACUCGUCUGAGGAAGACGCAUAUGGGUUAGGAGGUACCUUUAAUGAUCCGGUCUUUGAUGCGCUGUUUAAGAGCCAGUCCGGAUUUGGUGUGUGGUGAUGACGACGCGAUAGUCCAUGCAAUUUCGAUCUUCUUGGUGUGGACUUUCUUUCGAGUUUUUUUUGUAUUUCGUU